UUUCACAAUAAAUAUUCAAUUAUGGACGAAAGUCGAAAGUCUCGUGUUAUCCUUGAAGAAUAUGGCGUACCUAAUGCUUCCGAAUAUACAAAUUAUCAACCGCAAUACGAUUGGAAUUUACACAAUUAUAGAAAAGAAUUCAAAAUACAAGUUGUAAGGGAGUCUGAAGGCGAACGAGAAUUAGAAUUUGAUUUAGUAGGUUAUCCUGUUGGUUUUGCCAAUGCAUUUCGUAGAGUUCUUCUCAGUGAAGUGCCAACCAUGGCCAUAGAAAAAGUUUAUAUUAUAAAUAACACAAGUUUGAUCCAAGAUGAAGUGUUAGCUCACAGGUUAGGUCUCAUACCGCUACAAGCCGAUCCUAGGCUAUUUGAAUAUCCUUCUUCUACUUCUAAAGAUGAGGACGAAGUUAGCGAUCAAGAUACAUUAAGAUAUGAGCUUAAAGUAUCAUGCACUUGGAACCUUCAAGCGCCCAAAGAUUCUCGAAGAACGACUGACAUGUACAAGAAUAGCAAUGUGUACAGCAGAGACAUUAAAUGGGUUCCAAUUGGACGUCAAGCAGAACUUCACCCUCGAGGUAUGGAACAAUUAGGCGUCUUAGAAAAUGAUAUCUUGAUAUGUAAAAUGCGUCCCGGUCAAGAAAUCCAUGCUUUUAUGCACGCAGUGAAAGGAAUCGGGCGAGAUCAUGCUAAAUUUUCUCCCGUAGCUACAGCAUCGUACAGAUUGUUGCCGGACAUACAACUAGUAAAACCGGUUAAAGGUGAAAUGGCAGAUCGCUUAAAGAAUUGCUUCAGUAUCGGCGUCAUAGAAGUAGUCGAACAAAAAUCAGGCGAUCCAGAUUCUCGCGAAGCAAGGGUGAAAAAUCCUCGCUAUGAUAGUUGUUCUAGGAAUGUGUUUCAGCACGAGGACCUCAAAACAUGCGUACGUUUGAGCAGAGUACGAAAUCAUGUAAUUUUUACCAUCGAAUCAGUGGGAACGUUACCGCCAGCUGUAUUAUUUGUAGAGGCUGUGAAAAUUCUUAAAGGAAAGUGUAAAACUUUUUUAGAAGAACUUGAGAACAUUGGUCAAUAAAUAUAUUUGUAAUUUUAC